CAGUAGAGGUUUCUGAAGCACCAUGCCAGCCAAACCAGCACCCAUUAAAAAGUCGGUCAAGAAGGCUGCUGUAAAAGAGGAAAAGCCUCCAGAGCCUGAAGCCCAGGCUCCCCCUGCAGAGGCACCACCAGCUGAACCUGCCCCACCACAGACACCUGCACCUGUUCCUGAAGGUCCUGUUGAUGAACCUGCUGCUCCUCCCACUGAUGCUCCAGUUGAAGCUGCUCCUGCUGAAACUGCACUUGUAGAGGAACCACCUAAAGCACCAACACCACCUCCUCCUGCAGUGCCCACAAGUGCUCCUCAGAACCUCACUGUGGACGAUGUCAGCGAUACCUCAGUCAGUCUUAAAUGGAGAUCCCCUGAGAACAUCGGGACGUCUGGACUGGACGGAUACACUGUGGAAUACUGCAAGAUGGGAUCUUCUGAAUGGGUGGUCGCCAACGCAGAGCUCACAGCAUCCAACCACUUUGUCAUCAAGAAUCUGGCAACCGGAGAUCUGAUUAACAUCCGUGUGGUGGCCGUGAACGCUGGGGGCCGCAGCGAGCCUGCUCACCUGCAUCAGCCUGUUGCUGUCCGAGAGAUUGUGGAUCGCCCAAGAAUUCGUCUGCCACGUGCCCUGAGAUCAAGACAAGUCAAGAAAGUUGGAUCACAGAUCAACCUGGUCAUACCAUUUAUUGGUAAACCUAAACCUGUGAUAACCUGGACCAAGGACGGCCAGCCUUUGGAUACAAAGAAGAUAAACGUCCGAACCAGCGACAAGGACAGCAUACUCUUCAUACGCAAGGCAGAGAGAGAAGACUCUGGUGUCUACGAGAUGACCGUGAAGGUCGAUAACUUUGAGGACAAGGCUUCCCUCAUAAUUCAGAUUGUGGAUCUUCCUGGACCUCCAGCCUCGGUCAAACUGGUUGAUAACUGGGGCUUCAAUGCAGCUCUGGAAUGGACCCCUCCAAAAGACAACGGCAACACUGAGAUCACAGGAUACACUGUUCAAAAGGCUGACAAGAAAACUGGAGAGUGGUUCACGGUUCUGGAGCACUUCCACAGGCUGAACGCAACAGUCUCCGACCUCGUGAUGGGAAAUUCAUAUGGCUUUAGAGUUUUCUCUGAAAACAAGGUCGGAAGGAGCGAGACCGCCACCGUCACGAAAGAUGUUGCUCAUAUUCAGAAAACAGUCUCGGCUGAGGUUGUUGUCUCCUGUCCUGUAGGUAUCAUGUAUAAACCACUAGAGUACAAGGAACACGAUUUCAACGAGGCUCCCAAGUUCACCGCAGCACUCAGCGACAGGGCCGCCACUAUAGGUUACACCACUAAACUGCUGUGUGCAGUACGAGGCACCCCAAAGCCUAAGAUUGAGUGGAUGAAGAAUCAGAUGAUAAUAGGCGACGAUCCCAAAUACAGGCAGUUUAACAACCAGGGAGUUUGCUCACUCGAAAUUCGCAAACCGUCCACAUUUGAUGGUGGGGUCUACACCUGCAGGGCCAAGAAUGACCUUGGUGAAGCUACAGUUGCCUGCAAGCUAGAAGUCAAAAAGGUGAUCAUUCUAGAAGAGAAGAUAUAAACAGGUCACAGAUAUUCAUGGUGGUGCUGGAAGAUGAGCUGAAGUGUGCACAAUAAUCGAGGCUCUACUCUGAUAUCUAUUUGUUAUUAGUUAUUUUAAUAAAAUAUAACAAACAUUUCAAAAUUACCUUCAUGGUUUAAAGAGUUAUUGAGUGCUAGGAAUUUGGUUAUAUCAUUUUAUAUUUAUUGAAUGUCAUUUUACUUACCUGUACUUUUUUGUUAUCAAGAAUAAACCAACUUUUUUAUUACAAUCAUACAUAAUAUUGCACAAAAUGCUAAUGAAAACCAGUUAUUUUUGCUUUAUAAAAUGUAUUUAUCCCUUCAUACAGUAAAGGCCUGCACUGCGGGGAGGUUUGUGAAUCUAAAUGUAGAUGUUUUAAAUAGACCACUUGUUAAAUAUAAAGUUCAGAAUCCUUGCUGUUUUUAGAAUGAUGUUGUGGAUAAAGAAAGUAAAAAAGUUUGAGUCAUUUUA